CCCACCCCAGGCCCACCCGAGAUCCGAGGUUGUUGUUUUGAUUUUGAACGUCGACCUACACGUCAGGGAUCUUUUCGGCGGACAGUAGUUUUUGCCUAACAGCAAACGGAACAGGCCGGAAAGAUGGUUUUGAGUUGCGAAUCUUUGAAGAAGAAAAUAGCAAAGGAACUCAAUGCAUCACACGUGGAAGUGCAUGACGACAGCGAUGGAUGCGGCCAGAAGUUCAGGGUGGUCGUUGUGUCCCCUUUGUUCGAGGGCAAGCCAAUGCUCCAGUGUCACAAAUUAGUGAACGCAGCGUUGAAAGAGGAGCUGCAGCAAAUCCACGCCUUUUCACAGAAAACGUUCAGUCCGAGUCAAUGGGAAAAAACUCAGAGUGCGACGUGCUCGGCGCCGGGCAAGGUGAUUUUAUUUGGAGAGCACUCGGUCGUGUAUAAGAAAACUGCUGUGGCCGCGUGUGUGUCUAAACGAACCAAAGUAUGCAUUGCAACUCACCCUGAAUGCGUUAUUCUCAUGGACAUGCCAGAAGUUGGGCUAAACCAAUUUAAAAUUGAGCUGCCUGAAAAUGAAAGCCUCUUGAUGAGCACCGGAAAGCUGAAUAAUAGCUUGCUUGGCAGCUUGUUGGAGGAUCCAGGAAUAAUAAAUUUCGGCUCAGUGGACAGAUCCAACAAUGCUCUCAUUAACAGACUAGACUGGUGGGCCAGUAUGAUUGAAAACCAUAGCAAGGUUAAAUUUUCCGAGCAAGCUCUCUCCGUUUUGGCAUAUUUGCAUUCCUUUCUCACGCCAAAUGGAAAAUUCAACCAAGGGUUGAGCGUCAAGGUGACCUCUGACAUCAGGCCAGGUGCAGGUCUCGGCUCUUCAGCCGCCUACGCCGUUGCCCUGGCUGGAGCUUUCGGAAAACUGUUUGAAGCAAACCUGGACAACGCCAAAGUGAAGGAGCUGGCGUGGCAGGCUGAGCGACUUGUGCAUGGAAAGCCAUCUGGUUUGGACACGACGGUAGUGUGCGACGGAGAAAAUGUCAGAUUUCCGAUUCUAGAGGGAGUGACAUUGCCGCGACCGGCAUGGCCUUUGAGAGUUUUGCUUGUCGAUUCCGGCGUUGCUCGGAAUACUAAGAAAAUGGUUGAGAUUGCUGCAGCCAAAAUUCAAGAGAUCGGAACCGGAAUUCUCGACGAGAUGGACAAAAUUGCGAUCGAUGCAAUUGAUGCGCUUGCCUUGCCUCAGAGCCAAGGAUAUAAAAUUAUUGAGGUCCUGGUUGAGAAAAAUCAAAAGUGUCUUGAGCAACUAGGGGUUUCGCACCCUGCUUUGGAUUUGAUUUGCAGCAUUGCUGAAAAAUUUGGUCUGAAAGCGAAAAUUACUGGAGCAGGUGGCGGCGGAAAUGCGUUUAUUUUGCUCCCACCCGACAUCACCACUGGCAAACUUCAGGAAUUGCAGACUGACCUGGAUUCCAAUCAUUUUAUCAGCUUCGAAGUUGCCCUUUUCGGAGCAGGAAUUGUUUACGAAUGAGCGCCAAAAGUUUUUAUAAAAAUGCGCACAAGUAUUGAUAUUAUAACUGUUGAUAAAUAUGAAAGAGGUUGAAGGAUUUUCUCCUAUUUUAUGCUCUUGUGGUCAUCAUUAUAAAAUUCUGAAGCUUAAAAAUAAUUAAUGGAAGAAUUUGAUCAUUUUUUUAAAUCAAAUCUUCAUUUUGUACUCUCUUCGUACCUCAAGAAUUAUUUUUAAUAUUGCUGAUGGCUGCUAAAAACAUUAAUAAUAAGUAAAAAAAUUUAAGUUUGGUGCUGGGCAUAUCUGCAUUUUUUAUAUUUUUAAUUGGUUACCAAUUAUGUGUUGUCAAUUUGAUAUUUUUC